AUGGAUCAAAAAUCGCACAAAGAAAGCGAGAAACAAUUUAUAAAAGAAUUUAUUCAGCUGUAUAGAGAGUGCCCCGAGGUGUGGAAAGUGAAAAGCGAUGGAUAUAAAGAUCGUAACAAGAGAGACCAGGCAUACCUGAAGCUGGUUAACAAAAUGAAAGAGUUUGAUCCGUGUGCCGAUAAAAACACCGUAUCGACAAAAUUAAACUCGCUGCGCUCGACCUACCGUCGCGAACUAAAAAAAGUUCGGGACAGUAUGCGUUCCGGCAUCGGUUCAGACGAAGUAUAUGUACCAAGCUUAUGGUACUACAACGAUUUAGAUUUCUUGCAAGAACAAGAAAAUCAAGCACCAGGAGUAACCACACUGGAAGACUACCGGGAGGAGAACCAGGAAGAAGAGGUGUUUAGUGAGAUCGAUGAACCAUCCAGGAGCUCGCUACCGCUGUCGCUACCCGCCUCUAGCCGUAAACGACCAGCUAAAAAAGGCGGUAUCGAAGAAAUUCAAGAGAAACAAACGAAGUUCAUGGAAUUGGCAUACGAGCGUCCUAAAUCUCCUACUGCCCCCACUGAUGUCCAAAUCACGGCUAAUGCAUGGGCGGUUGAUCUGGCCAAGAUGCAGCCAGAUCAUCAAGCGAUCGCAAAGGCAUGCAUUCAAGAGAUACUGAGUGAGGGAUUGAUGGGCGGUUUAAGCCGCAAAUGCAUGACACUCAAUUGCCAGCCUCAAGUAGUUCAUCAUCCUAUCCCUUACAUUCACCCUUCCUACAAUUACAUGCCACAUCAGGUUCAAUUUCCAAAUGUCCCAACAAUAGUUCCAUCACCAGCUUCCUCUAUCACUUCUCAAUCUUCAAACACCAUGUUAAACACACCAUCAAAUUCAUCUCGUACUAUGGACGACCUGAAAAAGUUUUUGAAGAGCUACGAAGAGAUGCGUCCGGUUAUUGCGCGCCCAACAGCGAAGCCGGCGCCGAUCCCCGAUCACAGCAAGAUUCGAACGAACGAGGAACAACCCCGCUGCUAUAACUGUUCCAAGAUGGGACACUACAAGAGCGCCUGUCCUAUGCCUCCUCGCCCGAAUGGAUCGUGCUUCAAGUGCCAUCGAAUGGGGCACACUUAUCGCACCUGCCCCAAUCCUGCUGUCACCGCCGUCACCGCCGCUGCCGUUUGCGAUGCUGCUGUCCCGGACGCUGCCGUUCAUGACGUUGCACUUCAUGAGGUGCAACAGGAAGCCCGAUAAGCUUUAUUAGCGAUCAUCUCGUGCCCAAGGAAGCUCUGAAAGAUGCCGAAAGAAUUAACUACAGAGGACUCGGUGGAGCGCUGCUAAGCUCUCGGGGACGAAUUAAUUGCGAACUUGAUUUAUGUGGCCGCAAACAGGACCAUUGCUUCUUUAUAUUGUCUCAAGUUGUCAUGUCCCGGCCAAUUGUUAUUGGUCGUGACCUCCUACAGAAAUUCCAAAUACAAUUGCAAUUCGCCAAUGAAUUGAAACCACCGGAAUCUCAGCAUAGUGUUUUUGAGGAAAUAUGUGCCAUUAAUGAU